AUGCUCGGCUGGCUCCGCCGGAUCCUGUCCCCGCCGCGCGACGUGUACGGGCUGGACCAUGCAGUCCUCAAUGUGCGGCUGCCGCCGCAGACCAUGUGGAUGAAUAUGGGGUACUGGGAGCAUACGGCAGAUUUCCCGCAGGCUUGUGAGGCGCUUCUGGACCAGGUGCUGAGCGCGGGAUUGUUGGCUGAAGAUCGCAGCGACAGCCACGGUGUCAGGAUCGUGGAUGUGGGUUGUGGAUGUGGUGAUCAGUCGCUAUAUCUGAUGGAACUCAUGAAAUCCGAUGGCGACGAUAGUCGUGAUGUGCAUAUGCCUUCCAGUCUGCGAGCCAGAGGGAAGAAUCAUCGGUCCUCGCCGGAACGGCCGCUGAUCGACUCCUACGUGGGCAUCACAUUGGAGCCAGCGCAGGCUGCACUUGCGCAGCAACGGAUCCAGGACGCGCAGCAGAGAGACAUCGACCUCAAGCAAAAGACAAAAGCAGAGAUAUUCUGUGCAGACGCUGCAGACCCUAGUACCUGGCCAACCCACCUCCACCAAUCUCUCCCCUCUUCCCAAAAUGAAAAAGCACAAACAGAAACAACAUGGCUCCUCGCCCUAGACACAAUGUACCAUUUCCAACCCUCGCGCCUCCCUCUCCUCAAACACGCCCACGAAUCCCUGCACGCCUCGCUAAUGGCUUUCGACCUCAUCCUCGCAGACAGCGUCUCCUGGCGAGACCACCUGUUCCUCCGACUCGUGUGCUGGUUCACCGGGUCGCCGUUUGGGAACUUUAUUUCGAGAGCGGAGUAUGAGCGGCUUCUUGUGGCGGCCCGUUAUGAUGCGGGGAGCAUUGAGAUCCGCGAUGUUUCGAAGCAUGUUUUUGCGGGAUUGGCUGCAUUUUUGGAUGCGAGGGUAAAGGAGGGGAAGCCAUUUGGUAUGAAGAUGGGGAAGUUCAGAGCUGCGAGGGCGGUGUUUGGGUGGUGGGCGAGGAGUGGUGUUGUUAGGGGGGUUGUUGUUGUUGCAAGACGGCAUUAG